UCAACCCUUGAGCUACAUAUCAAGUUAGAUACCCUGUGGAAAUAAAAGGCAAAGCUUUUCCCUUUAAAAAAGAAAACCAAUUUGCUGGAGCUAGGUUUGAAGCUCCUAUUUGAGAACUCCAAAUUUCAAGGAUUCAUAUUACAUAAAAACUACUUUUGGUACCAAACUGCUAGAAGCUGAAGCACAUAGAAGAGGAAUAUCAGUGCUUAUGCCUGCAGACAAACAUGAUGAGAGACAUAAUAUGAUUAAAACUUCUAAAGAUCAAGAGAAUUCACCACCUCCAAAACUAGCAGCAGUUUCAUCAAGCUCUUCCGCGGCUGCGACGCCAUGGCUUAGGUUGAAGGAUCCAAGGAUCGUGCGCGUGUCGCGAGCUUUCGGAGGCAAGGAUCGACACAGCAAAGUUUAUACUAUAAGAGGGCUGCGCGACAGGCGUGUAAGGCUUUCGGUUUCGACUGCAAUUCAGCUCUAUGAUCUUCAAGACCGCCUCGGCCUUAAUCAGCCGAGCAAGGUCAUCGAUUGGUUGUUGAGUGCCGCCAAGGAUGAAAUCGAUGAACUCCCUCCAUUGCCAAUCCCAUCCGCAAGCCUCGGCCUUCACUACCAAUCUAUGCUACCACACCCACAUAGAUCGGAGUUCAAAAUCAUCGACAAGGCCGAGAUCGAGGACGAGACCGAUGAAUUACAAAAACAACACAAAUCAAAUAAUCCCUCUCACCCUUCUUCUUUCUCAGCCCUUUUGAACAAUGUGUCUACCCCUCCAUUUGGGUUUUAUUGGGAUCAUAAUCCAUCAUCAUCAUCAUCAACAACAAAUAAUCUUCCAUUUCUUACAUCUCAACCUGAGGAUAGUAAUAAUAAUCUUCAUAACUUCAAUCAUCUCAAUUUGUCUUUGCCUUCCCCUUUGUCUCUUGAGUUCAAUCACUUGCACCAAAAUUUCUUCAUUAACAAUAAUUCUCUCAAUAAUACACCUCCUAAUAAUUUCCACCCCAAUGUUAAGCCUUUUCACUUUAGUAUGGCUACCAAAUUCACUUCUCAAGCCAAGAAAAACAAUUCAGAUCCUUCAAGUAAUAAGGAUCAUGGUUUUGCUUCUCAUCAAUGAUUUUCUAUGAGCUUCCAAGUGUUAGAGGAGAGAAUCAUAGCAAGAACUACAGUGGAAAUUAAAGGUAUUAUACUCUUGCUGAUUCUUGAAGGGGAAAAAAAUCUCUCAUUGCAUUACAAUAAUCUAUCAUCAUUUUCACAUAUAUUUGAACACUCGAAUUUCUAGUUUGAUUAUCUUCGUUUUUGUUUUCGUUUGUUGAUCAUUGUUAUUUACAUUCUGGAUUGAGUUGAAUUGGAAUAAUAUUUUUUUUUUUACCUU